UUGUAUCCGAAGGAGCUUUCAACUCAUUCUGAUUUGUAUCUUUAGAAAGAUGAAAGAAGGUGAUGACGAACCCAUCAUUUCAGGGAGAAUGAGAGGUCCGGGGCCUGGGAGGUAUGGCAUUCCCUUCACUGUGGGUUUCCGGAAACACGACCCCACCAAACAGAUGAAUCCUGCAUACUCCUUUGGCAUGAAACUGGAGCAACUCCCCCGGAUGAAAGCCCCAGGACCCAGCUACUUCAUUGACAGCAGAGUCACUCGGGUGGGAAACAAUGGGGCUGCAGUCUACUCCAUCCAGGGCAAGCAGAAGGACUUGACUUUCUUUCACGUUCCAGGACCUGGAACGUAUGCCAAUGAAAAGGUGCCCCCUGUCAAUGAACCGCGAGCUCCGGUCUACACCAUGGGCUCCAGAACGCGAUACAGGCGUUGCGACCCCAGCCCGGCCCCUGACAGAUAUUCCCUGCACUCUAUGCUUGGCCCCAAUAUACCCAACAAACUUUCCUACCCCUCUUACUCCACCACAGCCCAAUCCAAGGUGGGCCACUAUGCAUAUGACUGGGCGAAGAGCCCAGGCCCCGGUCAGCAUGACAUGCCCAGUGUCAACAUCUACCUGCAGCAAUUUCCUAUUUACUCCUUGCUGGCCCGCCAACCCCCCAUUGACAAGUACAAAAAGAGCCCUGGGCCGGGGGCUCAUCAGCCAGAGAAGGUCACCAUCAACUAUCCUAAAGCACCUUCCUACUACAUGGGCAUCCGGCACUCUGAGUUUGUUACCCCACUUGUAGUGGAUGUCAAGAAUUGAGCGUCAAUAGCGUUCACAUAUCUGGGAGACUAAGCCCAUGAUGUGAAGUUUAUUACAGCAUGAAUAUCUAUCGCAAUAAAGACAUUACAUGAAAAGUGGAAUCUUUUUGCCAUUGUCUUUUGGAUUCCAAGUAACCCGUCUGCUGUAUGUACCGCACUACACAACCACAAAUGCACAUAUAAAAUGCCAAAAUACCAAAACCAAUAACCACGAUUACAGGACUGGUUGUUUAAUAAAAAGCAAAACUGUUGCAGCUUUACCCAGAUGGACGCAUUAAUAGGGGAAACAUUUCACUUUCACUCGGAUGGAGCCCCACAGAUUGUGCCACAGUACAUUCCGACAAUUAAAUAUUUAGACAAGCUUUGAUCACACUUUAUAGCCA